CUUUCCCAUAAUGCAAUGCUUGUCGGAAAUGAAAAAGACGUUUUUACUUUGUGCACUUAUUGUUUUUCCUAGAUUUCAGCCACUUAACUAAAUCGAAAUCUCGACGACGUGUCCAGCAUUAGCCACAUUACGGACUCAAACAUCAGUCUUCAAGUCUGGGCACUCGUUCAAGUUGUGUCGCCUAUUUUAGCCUGGCUUAGCCUAGCUGGCUAACCGCUAACAAAGCUGCUAAGCACGUCGUCAAGCGUGCAGAAAUCAAGUGAGAAAUAUGUUCGCGAGAACAACACCGGCUGCAGAAAAGUUCCAAGAGGAACUUUGUGGAGUGAAAGAGGAGCCCCCACGUAACCAAGAGUCGACUGUGUGCAAAACAAUGCACGCAAAGGUUGUUUUUCACAGUCUCAAAGAUCUAUAUGUCAGCCAAGCCCAUCAUCUUGAGCACCAGGAGUCUGCAUGCAUCAAGGGGGAAGAGGAAGAAUCGCCAUACAUUAAGGAGGAAGAGUCCGUUCACAUUAAAGGUUUCAGAAAAUAUAUUGGUGCUGAGACAGAAUCUCCUGGCGUUACUGAGGAUGUGGAGCUCCCCCAAAUCAAAGAGGAGGAGGAGCCUGAGCCCUGUCAACAGAAGGAAAGAGAAGAGCACCUUCCAAUCAAAAAGGAGGAGGAGGAGCUGCCAUAUGGUAAAGAGGAGGUAAACGAGGUGCAUAUCACCAGGUUGACUGGUGAGCCCUUGAAGAGUGAAGAUGGUCCGAGUGAGGCCAGCAGAGGGGCGGAGCCUCCAAGCGAGGGGAGUAGCAGCAGAUCAACAGAAGGAUUGCAAGCAGACAUUGCUCCAUCAGACAGAGAUGGCGCCAAGUCACACUUACCUUACAAUGAUGAUGGUCAUAAAACAUCUCACGGUGACGACAAACUCUGCAAAUGCUCUCAGUGUGGGAAAACCUUUGCUACUAAGCAAAGUUGUCUUAGACAUAUGAGGAGCCACACUGGUGAAAAACCUGAUGUCUGCUCAGUUUGUGGUCAAAGAUUCAGUCGCAAGAGCACCUUAAAACAACACACCAGAAUCCACUCUGGCGAAAAACCUUUUCCCUGCUCAGUUUGUGGAAAGAGUUUUGUUCAUUCGGGAGACUUAACAAAACACACAAGAAUCCACACUGGCGAAAAACCUUUUUCCUGCUCGAUUUGUGAUCAAAGAUUCGCUCAGAAGCCACACUUAAAAAAACACACAAGAAUCCACACUGGCGAAAAACCUUUUUCCUGCUCAGUUUGUGAUCAAAGAUUUGCUCAGAGGGAACACUUAAAACAACACACAAGAACCCACUCUGGCGAAAAACCUUUUGCCUGCUCAAUUUGUGAUCAAAGAUUCAGGCAGAUCAGCAACUUGAAAUUACACACAAGAACCCACACUGGCGAAAAACCUUUUUCGUGCUCAGUUUGUGGAAAGAGUUUUGUUCAUUCGGGAGACUUAACAAAACACACAAGAAUCCACACUGGCGAAAAACCUUUUUCCUGCUCGAUUUGUGAUCAAAGAUUCGCUCAGAAGGAACACUUAAAACAACACACAAGAACCCACACUGGCGAAAAACCUUUUUCCUGCUCAGUUUGUGAUCAAAGAUUCGCUUGGAAGCAACACUUAAAACAACACACAAGAACCCACAGUGGUGAAAAACCUUUUUCCUGCUCAGUUUGUGGAAAGACUUUUGUCUAUUCGGGAGACUUAACAAAACACACAAGAAUCCACACUGGCGAAAAACCUUUUUCCUGCUCGAUUUGUGGUCAAAGAUUCGCUCGGAAGGAUCGGAUAAAGAGACACGUGUGUGUUGGUGUGAGAAGCAGUGGCAAAUGACUGUUUUGUCUGUCAUCCAUUCUGGCUUCAUCAGAUUUUGCAUGCUGGAAGAUUGUAUUCCGUUGAUCUUUCUUAAAUCUUGUUGAGGAUUGGCACUUUGGGUACGCUUUGUCCAAUCGUUGUACGAUGUGCAUCCACCCUAUUGCCAAAACCUCGCCUGAUUGAACUCUCUCAAGUUAAGUGGCAUUUUUUAAAUAUAAUUAUCUCCCGUUUAAACUAUACUUUCAUAUUUAUUUUUUGAAACGGCAGACCCCAAAUUCCAAAAUCAUUCAUAAAUGAUGUCAUUAAAUAAAUAUGGAAAAUUAGGAUAUAUUGUUCAAUGUUGCAAAAUCAUAAUAAAAGAAAUACUGGCUCACAAAUUUGU